AUGGGAUGUGCUCGUCAGGACGAGAAAUUGGCUGCUGGUCAUCACAGCUACAACGACAACAACAAGCGCAUAAAGAAAAAAAACAGCCGAUCCAAAUCCAUGUUUGAAUUGGCUGAUAAUCCAUAUGCGGAUGACAAUUGCUACUGCUGUAAUGAAGAUCAUGUCGACGCCAGUGCAAGUUCCACUACGACAAGACGCAAUAGUCUCAUCUACUCUAUAUUAACAUCAUCCACAUUGAACCAGCACCAUGACAUGUACACACACACAGCAUCCACUACGACAUCCGAUGCCAUGCUGUUUCUGCUGAGAUUCUCCAAACUGCUCGUUUCAUGCGGUGCACCAUCACAUCGGCUUGAUCAUUGCCUGCAAUCAUUGAUGCAGAAAUUCAGUGUAAAAGCACAGUUUGGCUAUUUUCCCGGCUUUCUCGUCGUUUCGUUUGGAGAUUCUGAAAAUUUAGCUGCAUCAGUCCAAAUCAUCAAAGCGGAAUCCACCCUGGAUCUACAUAAAUUAACAUUGACAUACCAGCUAUUUGAAUCUGUACUAUGCGACGAGAUAUCACUACAAGAAGCCAUUGAUCAAUUGGAUCCCAUCAGUCGAGAUUGCACCCUGUAUCCAACGUGGCUGACAUGGCUAGCUUAUGCUGUGGCAUCCAGUGUGAGUGCUCCUUUGUUCUUCUCGGGAAAGGCGGUCGACAUGGGGUUUUGCCUCUUGCUAGGUCUCAUUGUAGCCAUUGGGUUUCUGCAUGUGUCUAAAAGAGUGACCCGAUUUGGUAGCAUCUUUGAUGUGCUACUGAGUGCCAUUGUGGGCUACAUUGCUUCAUCUGUGUCUGCUCGAUUCCCAACCACUACAUCUUGCUUCUAUGCUCUCUCUGUAGGCGGUGUAGUAACAUUGCUGCCAGGGUACACGACCUUGAUUUCUAUAUUGGAAAUUGCAGCAGGUGAAGUGGCAUCAGGCACACUGCGUCUCACCACAACACUGAUCUACUCACUGAUGAUUGGAUUUGGUCUUGCUAUUGGUGCCAGUUGCCACAAGAUCAUGUUUCCCUCUCUGGCGCUAGUGAGUGCAGAUACUCAACAGUGCGAGAAUGAUAUAUCCGCUUGGUAUCAUUUCCUGUUUGUGCCUCUGUUUGCAUUAGCCAACUUGAUCAUCCUCAGAGGACAUCCUCGCAAAUUCCCAGUGAUACUCACGCUGGCGGCCGUCUCCCAUUCCGUGCAUUAUUUCUCGCUCUCUUGGUUUGUCUCCUAUCAACAUGUAGCUACAGUGAUGGCUGCCUUUGCUGUAGCACUCUUGUCAAACUUUUACGCAAGAUUCAAAUCCACAAUUGGGUUUGUCGACAUGAUAACUGGCUUGCUAUUUCUGGUUCCUGGUUCAGUAGGGGUGUCCAGUUCCUUGAGCUCGUUUACUUCAUCCGCACAUGCAAACGAGAUUAAUAUUAUUUUGAAUGCCAGUCAACAGGGCGUCAUAUUCGCAACACAUAUGAUGGUGAUCACUGUCGCUGUCUCUGUUGGCCUUGUGCUGGCUGCAGUGGUAGUGUAUCCAGUGCGAAAGAUAGUAGAUUACCGUAGAAAGACGCCUCGUUAUCGACGACGAAAUUGGGUUGGAGAAAUCACCUUUUGA